CGCGCCUACUGUUUUCGCGGGUGAAUCUCAGUGGUUGAACGGUUGAGUGGUGUAAUCUUUGGGCUGAGAUGCAGCUGAUACUUCAUCUUGGAAUUUACCUCUGGAUCAAUCUGCCCACAAAUGACAAAAUCAAGUCCUUACCUGUUUGAGGUAAAGAAACAAUGCUUGACACUGUGUCAUGGCUAAAGGAGAAAUAUGUUCACAAACAAACUGCUGACCUUGGUCUUGGUGGUGCAGCCUGGUCGUGUUCUUCUGGGCAUGAAAAAGCGAGGUUUUGGUGCAGGACGUUGGAAUGGUUUUGGAGGAAAAGUUCAGCCAGGAGAGACUAUUGAACAAGCAGCAAAACGGGAACUCUUUGAGGAAAGCAGCUUGACAUGUGACACAUUGGAGAAGAUUGGACAGAUUAAAUUUGAAUUUGUUGGUGAAACAGAGAUAAUGGAUGUUCACAUUUUUAGAGCUGAUACUUACCAAGGAGAACCAGCAGAGUCAGAAGAGAUGAAGCCACAGUGGUUCAACUGUGAUAAAAUCCCCUUCCAUCAGAUGUGGCCAGAUGACAUAUAUUGGUUUCCUUUAAUGAUGCAAAAAAAGAAAUUUCUUGGCUAUUUUAAAUUCCAAGGACAUGACAUCAUUCUUGAGCAGAAGUUACAAGAAGUAGAACAUCUUUAAUAUAAAAAAAUAUAAAGGAUUUCCACCAUUUGCGGGAAGGUGAAGCAGUUUCUAGAUUCCAGGCCUUCUAGAAAAUAUUGCAGUGGCCAAUUUAAUAAAAAAAAAAAAAAAAAAAAAUUAAACAUUUAUAUGCUCUCUCCUAAUAAUUUUUCAUCAACUAUCAGUUAUUCCCAGUGUUUGACGCCUGCCCUGUUAUGGCUACAGGGCCAGUUUUGGAUAGCAUCUUUUAUUUCACUAAAUAUUGAAGAAAACUAGUAAGCGUAAAGUCAUUUGUCAUUAAAGCACUUCACACUUGAGCUGUGGAAAAUAACAUUUUACAUAGUGCAAUGAAGCCUGAAGUGCUGAAACACCAGCUGAUGGGUGGCAGGAGUCCACUCUUCAAAGGUCACAAAAAGCGACAGUUAACACCUGUAAGUGGUGUUGAAUUAGUUUCGCAGUGUGACUUUAAUUCUGCUUUAAUAGCAGAUGGGAGCAUAGAAAUUGGACUUCAGCAGGAACCUAGAAAUUAAGGCAAGCCUGGCCAACGCCACACUGCGGUAGAUCAUUUGGGAAGUGCUUUUAAAAAAAUAAAUAAAUAAAUGGGGCCUCUGUAGUUCAGGGUAUCAGCCAAGUGAGGUUCAGCUGCCAAACAAAAUUAGUAAAAAGGGCCACAUAAAAUUGAGGGAGAAAAAAAUGUGAUUAUGAAGGGUGAAUUAACUGUAAAAUGAAAAGUGUUAGAAAAAUGGUCCAUAAUUUGUAUUAAUUUCAAUUUUGUUUUAAUAAAAACUAUAAAAUUCCAA